AUGUCGAGUCCGAAAUCCUCCAAGAAGGAGAAAAAGGAGAAGAAGGAGAAGAAGGAGAAGCGCGAGAAGUCCGCGGGCGCCGAAGACGACGCCGAGGGGUCGAACAAAAAACACAAAAGCAACAGCCCCGAUGGCGGCGGCGGCGAACCCGCGCGCGUACGCGUCGUUGGUCUCACGAAGACGGCGAACGCGUCCGUCGUGAGCGCGUUUCUGUCCGUCGACGCGAGCGCGGUGACGGUGGGGAUGUGGGGAACGCACGGGAAGGGGCCGAAACCACCGGGCGGACAGGCGUUCGUGGAGUUUGCCAGUCGCGAAGCUGCGGAGAAGUCAGCCAAGAAGUUUAACGGGAAAGAAUUGGACGGCGUCGAGCUACAAGUGAUCGUGGACGACGGUACGCAUGCGGUGGCGACGCACGGUGGGGUGACGCCGGGGAAAGAGGCGCAAGAGACGGCGGACGCUGGCGCUCGGCCGCCGCUGUUUGGAGGCGGUGGGACGUCGACGAACUCAUCAAUCUCAAUGACGCACGAUGUUCGGGCGGACGAUUGGACGUGCGCGGCGUGUGGGUGCAGUAACUUUGCGAGGCGGACGUCGUGCUUCAGAUGUGCGGCGGCGAGGAGCGCGGUGGCGACGGGGGCCCCAGUGACUGCGGUGAAUACGGCGGCGGCUCGAGCGUCGGCGCAAGGGAGCGAUAAGGAGGGAUACGAGGUUUUCUUGAAGUAUUUACCACACAGCGCGAAUGAACAGGAGGUGUAUGACUUCUUCGCCGGGUGUGGUCCCAUCGUCGGCCCGGCGCGUUUGUUGAGGGAUCCGCAAUCUGGUCAGGCAAAAGGUGCGGGCUUUAUAACGUUUGUCGACGAAUCGGGCCGAAACGAGGCGUUGAAGCUCGAUGGCGCUCGGUUCGGCGGAAGGAAUGUCUCGGUUACUGUGGCAAAGCGAAGUUCGUUCGGCGUUCGCGCCACUGAGCAAGCUUUCGGCACACACACGCCCGCGAUGCUGGCGGAGACCAUCGCAGCUCUCGUCGCGCCGGAUCGCUCGGGCGUGUACGUCGACGGCACGUUCGGUCGCGGCGGGCACACGCGCGGAAUUCUCGCCGCACUUUCGCCGGAGGGUCGCUUACACGCGUUCGACAUGGAUCCGGAGGCGAUUAAGGUUGGUAAAGAUCUCGAAAAAGAGGACUCGCGCUUUACCAUUCAUCACGCCCCGUUUGGCUGCAUGGCACAGGUCCUGAAACCGCUGGGGAUCACGCCCUCGGGCGUUUUCUUAGAUUUAGGAAUCUCAUCUCCGCAGUUUGACGACGCAUCGCGCGGUUUCAGGCCGGAACAGGACGGACCGCUCGAUUUACGAUUUGACGUCGAGCGCGGCGUUCCGGCGAGCGAGUACCUCCGACUUGUAUCGCGAGAGGAGCUGCGCCGGGUGAUUCAUGAGUAUGGCGAAACCACAGACCUAGCCGCGUCGCGACGCAUCGCGGAUGCUGUUGUUCUUGCCCGCGAGAGUGGCACACUCCCAAGCACGACGAAAGAGUUCGCCGCCCUCGUAGCCAAGGCGAAGGGCAAGGAGUAUCAGGCGAUGCACCCGGCCAAGCUCACCUUUCAGGCUCUGCGCAUCGUUCUCAACCAAGAGUUCGACGAAAUGCGACGGGGGAUGCACGGUGCGUUUGAGAUCAUGCCAGAGCACGGUCGGCUAGGGAUACUCACCUGGAAGCACAGCGAGUGCGCCAUCGUAGUCGACUUUUUCCGUGACUACGAAGUCAUUCGAGACGACUUCCCGCUGUACGUUUGGGCGCGCGCAAACCACGCCGAUAAGUGCACGAAAAAACUUGAGCGCAAGUGGGGGCUUCACAUGGACGACGCUCAACGCCCGAGCGAGGCGGAAAUGCGCGCGAAUAGUCGUUCUCGCAGCGCCGUCCUGCACGUCUUGCGCAAGCGCGAAGCCGUGCGCAUCGCAGACCUCGAGCGCGUCGCGUACAAGUUGAAGGGCUGGGGCAAGAUACCCGAUCCCGCACCACCGCCGCCCGUGACGUUCAAGUACGACGUUAAGAAGUAG